AUGGGUGAUCUGCCGGAGGACGGCUCAUUCAUGUUCACGUCGGAGUCGGUGGGAGAGGGACAUCCAGACAAGAUCUGCGACCAGAUCAGUGACGCAGUCCUGGAUGCGCACCUCAAGCAAGACCCCGAUGCCAAAGUGGCCUGUGAGACAGUGUGCAAGACAGGCAUGGUGCUGCUCUGUGGAGAGAUCACGUCUCGUGCCAACGUGGACUACCAAAAGGUGGUGAGGGACGCCAUCAAACACAUCGGUUAUGAUAACUCUGAUAAAGGUUUCGACUACAAGACAUGUAACGUCCUAGUGGCGCUGGAGCAGCAGAGUCCUGACAUUGCUCAAGGCGUCCACGUGGACCGCAAGGAGGAGGACAUUGGAGCUGGAGACCAGGGUCUGAUGUUUGGCUACGCCACUGACGAGACCGAAGAGUGCAUGCCGCUCACCAUUGUUUUAGCCCACAAGCUCAACUCCAAAAUGGCCGAGCUCAGACGCAGUGGCGCAAUCCCCUGGCUGCGCCCCGACUCCAAAACACAGGUGACAGUGCAUUACGAGCAGAAAGACGGCGCCGUGAUCCCCAAGAGAGUCCACACCAUCGUCAUUUCAGUGCAACAUGACGACUACAUUUCUUUGGAGGAGCAGAAGAAAGUCCUAAAGGAGAAGGUCAUCAAAGCAGUGGUCCCGGCCAAGUACCUGGAUGACAAGACCAUUUACCAUCUGCAGCCCAGCGGACGCUUUGUCAUCGGAGGGCCACAGGGAGACGCUGGUGUCACGGGGCGUAAGAUCAUCGUGGACACAUACGGAGGCUGGGGGGCUCAUGGAGGCGGCGCCUUUUCCGGCAAGGACUUCUCCAAAGUGGACCGCUCGGCCGCCUACGCCGCCCGCUGGGUGGCCAAGUCUUUGGUCAAGGCCAAGCUGUGCAGGAGGGUUCUGGUGCAGGUAUCCUAUGCCAUUGGUGUGGCGCACCCUCUGUCCAUCUCAUUGUUCACAUACGGCUCAUCUAGCAAAUCUGAGUCGGAGCUGCUGCACAUCGUCAACAAGAACUUUGACCUGAGGCCAGGAGUCAUUGUCAGGUAA